AUGUCAGAAACAUAUAUAUCUAAAGUACUUACCUGGGACUCGAGGGACGCCUCCCUUACGCUACCUUCGACUCGUCGGCGGAAGCCUUCAAGACCCUUCCUCGAACCCUUACCGUGUAGCCAAAUAGCAAAAGAGAAACUAAACAAACAUCCAUGGCUCUUUAUAACCUUAAUAAUACUAGCUCUAUUGAUUGCCUCUGCAGUAGUACUGCCAAAAAUGUCACAUUCCAAACGCAAGUCGACGCCAUCACGCCCGGCAAUACUCAAACAUGAAAUCCUCUCCAAAGUUCCCAAUCGACCGCACUCCCUCAUCGAUGACGAAUUUCAAUGGGACCAAUCCUUCUGCAAAAGCUCUCCAUGUCGUUAUCUCUUCCCCGUCUUUGUUGGCGGAACCGAAACCAAUUCCCAUUUCCAUCUCCAACAAGUUGCCCUCCUCGCUGGGCGACUCAAGCGAACGGUCGUGCUACCUAAUUCUGACGGCAGGCGGUUUAGCGCGUGUCGCAGAUCUUCCUUCGAAAGAUACUUUUCCAAUGAGACAUUAAUACAAGCAAGCGCGCAUUUUAGUUUUGUCACCCAAGAUAAAUUCUUCGAGUGGGCACGAUGGCGCGUGACAGAGCCAACUGCUCAGUUUGUGAUUAUGGACAGACCGCCUCAACCAGAUGAAAAGAAACCGCGAAAGUUUUCAGACAUACAAACAUUGAGCAAGAGGCAAUGCGUUGAUGAUUAUAGCUUUGAUUACGAUUCGUAUGAAACUAUCGAGUUUAAAGUAAAGCCCGGUUAUGAACUGUCGGAUGCCGCGACGGCAGCGGCUUACAGCGACCUGAUUGCUCAUUUGCAUAGCAAAAAGGCGUAUGGAAAGAGUAAAUUGUUCGAAAACAGAACAGCAGAUGUGUUAUUGGUUUAUUACAACUUGGAAUCUCCACUGUUGCCUGUUCCAAUCGAGGGUCCACCUUUGAUGUAUUUGGACACCUGGUAUAAAGAAACUCGUAAGGUUAUUGACAGCCUUAGGCCAUAUAUUGCGGUCAGCUGGGCUAUAGAUAUGUUACCCAAGCAUAUUGUCCCGGUCUGUGCGGAGCGGUUAGUUGCCCGUUUGGAUGAAAUAAAACGUGAGACAGGCAUAAAGAACAUCUAUUUGGCCAUAAUACCCUCUCAUUGGCGUGAAAAUGUAGGAUUUCAUCAGGAGGCGUUAACAUAUAUAAAUGAUCAUAUCAACUUUAUUACAUGGUCAUCAUUCCAGGAACAAGCAGCUGCCGCUAAACAAGCCGCUGCCGCUGAACAAGCCGAACAGGAGCAAAUACAAGCAGGAAAUGAUCAAUUACUUUUAUCCAAUACCACCAGCACGGCGUCGUCAACAGAUGGUGUCUGGGAUGAAGACAAGUUGGGCAAUGUAGAACCAGGAUUAUUGACAAUUUUUAAUCAACUAGUCGUGGAACAGGCUAACUACUUUCUUCGUGGGACUGAAGAAUGUUCUCGCGUUACCCCAUUCAUUCAGCAAGUGAUUGGAUUACGCGAACAAGAGACUAGAAACCAGAUCGACUGGAAAGAAGACAUUCUUAACAUUAAUGAUAGGGAAAUGGACGAAAAGGUGUUGGCUACGCGACGGUGGAACGUAGUAGAUGUUUGGUGA